UGCGGCCGGCGGCGCGGGGCAUGGAGCGGCCGCAGCCCGCGGGCCCCGCCGCCGCCUAGCGCCCGCCCGGGCCAGCGGCGCCUCCCUGCCAGCGGCGGCGGCGGCAGUGGGGCUGGGGCCGGGGUUAUGAGGGGACCAUGCACCUGCUGCAGAGCUGGGGGCUGGCGGCGCUGCUCUCCCUCCUGCCUCCGUCAGGUCUCGCUCAGGCAGCUGUGCAGCCCGGUGCUUGGCGGCGGAGGUCUCCCAACACCCGAUGGGACCCCAGGCCGGUUGCUUCAGAAAUCACCCACCCCAGCAGGUUAGUGAGGCAGAUCUCAGGAGGAGAAGUCCAGAAGCAUCAGCUGGAUACCAGGGUCAGGAAUGAGCCUCAAGGCGGAGGCCCUUAUGUACACCUGGCUCAGGUGAGCUUCCUCAUUCAUGCCUUUGGCUCAGCCUUCACCCUGGAUCUGGAGCUCAACCAUCACCUGCUCUCCUCCCAUUAUGUGGAACGGCACUUUGAGGAGGACGGAAAUACAAGUUGCAGCAUGGGCUCGGGGGAGCAUUGUUACUAUCAGGGCGGGCUCCGAGGGCAGGCUCAUUCCUUUGCGGCCCUUUCCAGCUGCCAAGGACUGCAUGGCGUCUUCUCGGAUGGGAGGGACACCUACCUGAUUGAGCCCUAUGGGCAAGCUGAGCACAGACAGCAGGGGCCUCAACCUCACCUGAUCCAACACAUGCCUGCUCCUCACCAUCGUCAGGGCUGCACAGAGCCAGGCUGUCUGGCUGCUGCACUGAAUCACUAUGUCCCAGCCAGUUUACCAAAACUGAGGCGGCGGCGGCAGGUGCGGCGAGCUCAGCACACUGUCCACAGCGAGACCAAGUACAUUGAGCUUGUGGUGGUCAACGACCAUCAGCUGUUUGGGCAGCUGCGCAAGUCUGUGUUCCUCACCAGCAACUUUGCCAAGUCUGUGGUGAACCUGGCUGACAUGAUCUACAGGGACCAGCUGAAUACCCGUAUCAUGCUGGUGGCCAUGGAAACGUGGGCCUUGGAGGACAAGAUCCGAGUGGAGGAAGAUCCGUUGGAGACCCUAGGCGAAUUCAUGAAAUACCGGAAGGAAGCCUUGCCAGAGCACAGUGACGCUGUCCACCUUUUCUCUGGCAGGACAUUCCUGAGCAGCCGCAGUGGGACUGCCUACGUCGGGGGGAUCUGCUCACUCACUCGUGGAGGGGGUAUCAAUGAGUAUGGGAAUGUUGGCGCCAUGGCUGUGACUCUGGCUCAGACCCUUGGGCAGAACAUUGGCAUGAUGUGGAACAAGCACCGGAGCUCAGCAGGCGACUGCAGGUGUCCAGACUCUUGGCUGGGAUGCAUUAUGGAAGACACUGGCUACUACCAGCCUCAGAAGUUCUCACGCUGCAGCAUUGAUGAGUACAAUCAGUUCCUGCAGGAGGGUGGGGGAAGCUGCCUCUUCAACCAGCCCUUAAAGCUUCUGGACCCUCCUGAGUGUGGCAAUGGGUUUGUGGAGGCUGGUGAGGAAUGUGACUGUGGCUCCCUUGUGGAAUGUGCGAAGGGCGGGGGCAGCUGCUGCAAGAAGUGCACCCUGACCCAUGAUGCCAUGUGCAGUGACGGGCUCUGCUGCAGAGGCUGCAAGUACGAGCCACGGGGUGUGCCCUGCCGAGAGGCUGUGAAUGAGUGCGACAUUGCGGAGACCUGCACUGGGGACUCCAGCCAGUGCCCACCCAAUCUUCAUAAGCUGGAUGGCUACUUGUGUGAAAACGAGCAGGGCCGGUGCUAUGGUGGCAGGUGUAAAACCCGGGACAGGCAGUGCAACGCGCUGUGGGGACGCGCUGCAGCCGACAGGUUUUGCUAUGAGAAGCUGAAUGUGGAAGGGACUGAGAGGGGGAACUGUGGGCGCAGUGGCCGGGGUUGGAUGCAGUGCAACAAGCAGGAUGUUCUGUGCGGAUACCUUCUGUGUGCCAACAUCACAGGCACACCCCGCCUGGGCGAGCUCAGUGGGGAUAUCACCACCAUGACCUUCUACCACCAGAACAGAUACAUCGACUGCAGGGGUGGGCACGUCCAGCUGGUGGAUGGCUCUGACAUGAGCUAUGUGGAGGAUGGCACACCCUGCGGCCCCAGCAUGUUGUGUCUUGACCAUAAAUGCCUUCCAGUGUCAGCCUUUGACUUCAGCUCCUGCCCGGGCAGCUGGGAUGGGAAGAUCUGCUUUGAUCGUGGGGUCUGCAGCAAUGAGGGCAAAUGCAUCUGCCACGCUGACUGGACAGGCAAGGACUGCAGUGUCUACGACCCCAUCCCGGAGCCCAAGCCCACAGGCGAAACGGAGAAGUACAAGGGUCCCAGUGGCACCAAUAUCAUUAUCGGCUCCAUCGCUGGGGCUGUGCUGGUGGCUGCCAUUGUCCUAGGGGGGACUGGCUGGGGAUUUAAGUCAGGAGGGGCCUAGCGUAGCUGCCCACCUCUGCGGCAAGCAAGCGGCUCUGCCUGCCCGGCCUCGCCCUCGUGAUAGGGGCAGGAGAGCUCACAAAACAAACCAGGCACCAAAACAGUGAUGCGAUUAAACAAGCCAACAAUCAGCGCAAGUCUUCCACUGUGCCCCGCUGCCGCUGGGCCACCGGAGGAGUGUGCCUGAGGCUGCCCACGCGGCAAGUGAGCAGGGAGUGGGCGCGUGGCCUUGCCCCAUGGGGACCCCUGCCUGGAUAAGCACUGCUCAGCCCCCUCCCACCCACGGCCGGCCACGCACAUGCUCUCCUCGUCUUGGUCUCUAGCUUUCUGUCCUGAAUAAGGGACCAGCUGCCCGUCCCUGCCUGAAUGUAGCUUCCACCCUCAUGGCACUGACUUGCACCCCUCGCUGUGCUCUCACAAAGGAAUGUACCCAUUCGGCCCCUUUGGGAGGGCCCUGCGUGCCCGGCGAGAUGAGGGGGGCCGGUGUGGACCCUAGUGGCAGAUGAAGCAGACCUGGGGGGCGGGAAGAGGAUGGGGUUGGAGUGGCUGUGUGGCCUGACCUACUUGAAGCUUCGCCUGCCUGUGGUCACUUGUCUCUUGUACGGGCCGGAUGUGGUCUGCUGUCUGUCCCGCGUCUGUGCCCAUGCUGGUCCCUGGCAGGGGUGGCAGGCUGCUACUGCAGGGACUGGAGUACUACAAGGGACAUUUUCUAUUCAAAGCAACACAAUGAAUGUAGCCACUGUGGUGGCAAGCGGGGGCGUGGGGAGAUGGGGCUGGGGUCUGGGCAGUGUGGCUCUUCUACUGGCUGUGAUGGCUGCAAACCAGGGGGAGGCAAAGGCAGGCACUGACUCCCCAGUGGGCAGCUCUAUGUCCUACAGCUGUCAGGGGCAGAGGCUCCAUGUUUAGAUUCUGGCAAAUCUCGUUACCUCUCUGUAGUGUGGGCAGUGCACUGAGCCCCCUCUGGGCUCUUGGACAUGGGGGCAGUGCUGCCAGGGGUAAGUGCCCCCAGGUCCUGCCUCUGCCCUGGGAAGAGACUGAUCCAUUCCAGCCUUUUCUCCUGUGCUCUGCUGAGCCCAAAUACCUGCUCCCUCCCAUGCCUGAGUGCUGGGUAGGGAGGGAUGAGGCUGGCAGGAAAGCUAGCCUUGCUCCCCUCUCCUGGCUCAGGCAAGUACAGAUCUUCAUGUGCCUCGUCAGUGCUGACCCCCAGGGCAGGGCUGGGGCCUUGCUGCAGGCCAGGGCAGGGGCUAGCAGAGAAGAGGGCUUGGGGAAGAGGUCAAAGGAACAGCAUGGGAGGCUGGGGGGAAGAGCAGUCAGGGGUUAGUUUCCCCCUCCCUCCCAACCUGGGCAAGGAGCCUGCCUCCCUCUGGGAGACCUUGUAGCCUCCCGGUGUAGUUCCACAGCUGGAGAUCAGGCUGCCCGUGCCUACCUGAGGCCUUCCCUUCUGGGAACUUUGCAUAUGCCUGCCCCUGCUUUGCAACCUGCUGGGGUCUGAGCCAAACCCCCAACCACCAAAGAGAUCAGAUGCUCCUUGCCACUGCAUGGCUCCUCUGGUAGAGGCGGAGCUGGUCCCCUGCUGCUUUGCAAAGUACCAGGCUCUCCCACCCCACAACUGGUCCCUGGGAAGUGACUUUCCUUGGUCUGGGGAGUGGAGUGCAAUGCCCAGCCCCAUGGUGCAGCCUGGGCAGCAGGCAGGAGAUGCCAGGCUGGUCCCAUGGGCAAGGCUGGUUUAACAUGAAUCCCCCUGCCCUUCCUCCCAGCUGUUAGAAACACUUUGAGGGGAUGGGACCCCAAGGAGUGGCCUGGGUCCUCCACACAGACUGCCAGCCUUAACUCUCCUACCCAGGGGCAGCCCCCCACCCCCUUUGCCUAGCAGGCCACCCCCUGGCCUUGCUUUGGCUUUCUUCUCAUGCAAAGACUCAUUGAAAGACCAGCCUCUGCUGCUGGGCCCUGUCACUGGGCAGGGGCGGGUGACAGGGCAGUGCAAGGCAUCAGGCACCACAGCCUGUUCCUGCAGACAGCUGUUGGGCUGGGGGUGGAGUUUGUUGCCCCUUGGCCCUAGAGUAGCUCCAAAUGCUUCCCAGCUGGAUUUGGGGGUGGAGGGGUGUUGCUCAGGACUUGUUGCAAUCCCCCUCUGGAGCAGGGAGCAGAGCAGAGCAUCAACUCUCCCCCUGGAAAUGUGGGAGGGCUGUGCUGUUCUGCAGUCAGCUGGAUGGUGGAAACAUGGCCCUGGUACCACUGAGGUCAGUGAGUGACUUGGGCAUCACACCAAGCUGGUAACGUGUUUUGUUGCUGCUGCUUGUUUCCUGUAGAUUCCUUAGGCCUCUCUGCAUGUCUUUGUAUGGUCCAUACCUUAAGUAUUUUUAUAUAGAGGCAGUCACCAUAGCAAUUAACUUCUCUAAAGCAGGAAUAUCACCAUGACCAGGGACACGGAACAGGCUGGCCCAAUUUUCCACAGUGAGAAGCUUUAAAAGCAGGAACCUGAAUGCAGAUUUAGGCCCUAAAUGAGUGGCUUGGUUAUCAAAGCUGCUGACCGCUGUGCUUCAAACCUCUGAGACUCUCCCAGGUACUUGCAUGUGUCUAUGGGCAGACUUUGGGGCCAGCCUCACAGUCCUGAUUUAAAGAUGAUGGCCACUAAAAACACAAGCAGUCUCAGCAGUGUUGCCACAUUCCCAGCUAGUGCAACGCAAGGCCACCGGCAGCCUUUAUAAGGCUGACCUGUUCUAGGGGGUUUCAUUUCCCAAUCCUUGGCCAGUAAAACAAGGCUGGUCUGACUCAAAUUCCAGCACAACGCUGCCAAGCUGAGGCUGCAAAACCACGGGACGGAUCGCUAAGAAGUCAGGGGAGAAGAAAUCUAAAAGGUCUUGGAAACAUAUGGGGCUGUGAGGGUCAGAGCUGCUGCUGCAAAACCCUGCAGUAGCUGCAGCUUUGGGGGGUCACAGCUCCAGGGGCUGAAAUAGAUGGGGUUGGGGACCACAGUGAACUGACCUAAACCAAAGAAACUGUCUAGUAUGUUUUCACUAUUGCAGCUAACUAAUGGCAAGAAGUCCAACAACUGCAUCAGUGGUGAAAACUGAAGUAGUGCAAUGGGAAGGGUGACCCAGAAUGCCAGGAGAGCAGCAGGAUCCAGGGGCAAAGGGGACUGUCACCCAGGCCAUGCCUGUAGGUCUUGUGUUAAAAAUAUCAACUGCCUAAA